AUGAUUGGGAGGGGAUUGGAACACCUGAAUCACAUGAUUGGGAGGGGAUUGGAACACCUGAAUCACAUGAUUGGGAGGGGAUUGGAACACCUGAAUCACAUGAUUGGGAGGGGAUUGGAACACCUGAAUCACAUGAUUGGGAGGGGAUUGGAACACCUGAAUCACAUGAUUGGGAGGGGAUUGGAACACCUGAAUCACAUGAUUGGGAGGGGAUUGGAACACCUGAAUCACAUGAUAUGGAGGGGAUUGGAACACCUGGAUCACAUGAUAUGGAGGGGAUUGGAUCACCUGAAUCACAUGAUAUGGAGGGUAUUGGAUCACCUGAAUCACAUGAUAUGGAGGGGAUUGGAACAGCUGCAUCACAUGACAUGGAGGGGAUUGGAACACCUGAAUCACAUGAUAUGGAGGGGAUUGCAACACCUGAAUCACAUGAUAUGGAGGGGUUGGAACACCUGAAUCACAUGAUAUGGAGGGGAUAUUGGAAACACCUAGAAUCACAUGAUAAUGGAGGGGAUUGGAACACCUGAAUCACAUGAUAUGGGGGGGG